AUGUCACAAAGAAAAGAACUCAGUCCACAACCUCCGAUCCUCCGACAACCUCCGAUCCAUCUCCCGGACAAAGUCGUACUCAACAUCUUGUCAAGGCUGCCUGUCAAGUCAGUACUAAGAUUCAGGUGCGUUCACAAAUCCUGGAACUCCUUGAUCACCAGCUCCAAUUUUAUCUCUACCCACCUUAUCAACAACAACAGCAACAACAAUGAGAAUGAUGAUGAUCGUGCUUAUCUUAUAUACAUGCCUGCUAUGUAUUCUCCUUCUAACAACCCAGUUUGUAUGGUUGCUUGUGACCGCAAGUUCAAUAGGAUUUCUGAGUACCCAAUUCCCUCUGAACUUCAUUUAAACUGUCCUGAAAUUGUUGGUUCCUGUAAUGGUCUAGUUUGUCUUGCUCAGUAUGGAAAUGGGUCCACUAUUGCUGAUGUUAUAUAUGUGUGGAACCCCAGCAUUAGAAAGUUUAAGAGGUUGCCUGAUACUUGCUUAAGCCAAUAUGAUUCUGUUGCUACUGGGUUUGCUUAUCAGGGUGAGAACAAUGACUACAAGGUUGUAAAGAUCUCUUCUUUGCGUGCACCCAACAGGCCUGAGGAUGAGGUUGAGGCUGAGGUUUACACGUUAAGCUUGAAUUCUUGGAGGAGGGUUGGAAUUUCAUUGAGACCCAAUGUUGUGGUCUCCAAUGUCAAGUAUUAUUCGUCUGCCACGUUUGUUAAUAAGGCUUUGCAUUGGCUGGGGUAUAUUAGUGAAGUUGAUGGGCAAUUCCUAAAUCAAAAUAUGAUUUUGUCAUUUGAUGUCAAUAAUGAUAAGUUUGGAGAGAUAGCACUCCCUCGUGGACAAGUGUUGCCACAAGGUCUAGUGGCGGUACCGCAGAGUCUAAUGGUGUUCAAGGGGAAACUGGCCUUCAUUACAUUUGGGUACCCUGUAAUCUACCACGGAUUUAUGCUGACCCAUACGCCAUGCUUCAUUUGGGUGAUGGGGGAGUAUGGUGUACAUGAAUCAUGGAAUAAACUUUUUUCUGUCCAGUUUGAAAAUGUUAUACAUGUACAAGGUUGCACCAAGCACGGUGAGCUUCUAGUUGAAAAGGAACUCAAGACCGAAUCUGAUGAUGGUGAAUUACAGAGGUGCAAUGACUCCGUGAUUGUUUCAUUUGACCCUGAAACUUCACAUGAGAAGGAUCUUGGUAUUCAACAUCUUCCACUUAUAGCCACUAGUUUCAUGGAAAGCCUUGUGUUACUUGAUGGAGCAACUUAG